AUGGAACUUGUUACUAAGACUCCUCCAUACUACACAUCUGACACCUCGUCCUUCGCAUACGUGUCAGCGCGGGAUCGAUGGCCGGUCAUCUUAACCGGAGCAAUCGAUGACCUCUCCCGUACGCUCUUCGAAGUCGCCAACGAUGACAAAAGAAAGGAAGGUCAAGAGAUUGUGGGGAAGCUAGCUGAGCUCAAAUAUGAGUUGCAGCAUGAUCGGAAAUUGACGCCAUUGGAAGAUGAUGGCGAGGCAGAUAUCGCGCUAUAUAACAAGGAGCUUGAGGAACACGUCCAGCUUACUUGGUUUAAUGCUCCGUGGCUAUUUACAGAGUGUUAUCUUUAUAGACGAAUAAACCUGGCGUUCACAUUAUCCACUCAAUGGAAGACAUACGAUGUCUUUUCCCGACAGAAGAUAUCCACUUUCAAAUCAUCCCGUCCUGCAGUCCUCGAAUUGAGUGCCAAAUACAAAGAACUCAUCAAACAACUUGAAUGCGGCGAGGGAGUCCGAGACAAGACACCAGAACAGAUCGAGGAUGCUGAAAGGCUCCUCUUUAUGGAGGUGUGUGAGAUCUGCCUCUGGGGUAACGCGACGGAUCUUUCCCUUUUAACAUCCCUUACGUACGAAGAUAUCCAGAAGUUGCAGUGUGCGGAAGCCCGCAAGGUCGCGGAAAGGAAUAUCCUCGUCAAUGACCUCCCUGCCGCUUUUAAAGUUCUGAGCUCCGCUCGUAAAGCUAGACCCUCUGAAGAGCGCCGCGUCGACAUUGCCCUCGACAAUGCCGGCUUCGAGUUGUUUGUCGAUCUAAUCUUAGCUGGCUACCUCCUGUCCGCUGGCCUGGCCACCACAAUCGUACUUCACCCCAAGUCAAUCCCCUGGUAUGUCUCCGACGUGCUACCCCAGGACUUCCUCGAGCUUAUCUCCGCCCUCUCAGACCCGCAAUCCUUUUACACUUCGCCAAAUGAACAUGGUGAUAAGUCACAAUCCCUUUCUGAGCAAGAAGUGAAGGAUCUCCAAUUUCUCUUCCAGCAAUGGAGCAAAUUCCACGAAGAGGGGAGACUGAUCAUUCGACCCAACCGUUUCUGGACCACAGCGGCCAGCUACUGGCGUCUCCCGAACGAGGCACCGGAACUUCUGGAAGAUCUCAAAGAGAGCGAGUUGGUAAUUUUCAAGGGCGAUUUGAAUUAUAGGAAGUUAACUGGUGAUGUUCAAUGGCCUCCAACAACCCCCUUUAUCACUGCAAUUGGCCCGCUAGGUCAAGGCUCGGGUAUCCGAACUCUUGCCCUCCGCACCUGUAAGGCAGAUGUUGUCGUUGGUCUGCCGGAGGGCGAAGACGAGCGCAUUCGCCCGUUGUAUGGGGGUGCCGGCGAGAAGGAGCGCAAGUGGGCGUGGAGCGGGAAGUGGGCCGUCGUCUCGUUUGCGGAUGGGAAGGCGUAG